AUGGAACACACCAAGCGGAACCUCAUCUUCGACAGGGUCUUAGCAAGCCACCCGCAUGUGCGGAUACGUACGCCACAGACUGUGCCCACUGGGCAAGGCUCCUCCGCCGGUUGUGAACAGUGCGAAAGUUCGACAAAGCACCACCAACCAGGAAAGAGCAACAGCGAAGGAUGGAUUACGCCGACUCGAGGCAUCUUAGCGCUGCAGAACGAGCGGUCUGUCCUGGGGUUUUAUUUCGCGGAGGAAGGUGCGGUUCAGCGCCGGAAUUUGCUAGAGUUGCAGAAUAAGUCGGGACUUAUUUCGUAA